UUGCCUUUGGUUGUAAAUGAUACGUGUUCGUUAAUUGUGGGAAAAAAAACACUACAAUAAUUUUAACUCUUAUUGAAACAUGACUGUUGCUCAGAUCGGGCUACAGAUCAUUAUGUAAACAAUCGAAGAGGGAUUUUCCACGUCUCUGGCUGGCGGCGGCAGUUUAGAGGCGGAGCUGGAGGGCGGCGCUUUCCUAAAAUGACAACCCUUUAUAAUUUGACUCAUGGGUUUAAAGUCAUUUUCGACACUUCUUGGCUUCCUUUCAUUUGAAGGGAGAAAGUAGUGGAGAACAGGACGUCAUGUUGUACCGCUGGGAGUCGGGCUCGCAGCCCGAAGUUUGCUCCGAGUUCGGGGACGCUCUCAACGGCGAACACAUCCAACACAUUUGCAGCCGGGAUGACUUCACGAUCUUUGUACUGGCAAACGGAAAAGUUUAUAAGAAAGUCGUCGGAGGGAAAGCGCGACCUGGGAAGUUUGAUGAUUUCAAGAAACAGAAAAUACACUUUGCGGAUUGUGGGACAUCGCAUAUUUUGUUUCUUUCUGAAACAGGAAUUGUUUUCCACAGUGAAGUCAAAUCAAAGAAAUCUGCAGAUAAGCAAAGAGUAAUCUCCAUUGCGAAACCAGAGCCAUUUAGGAGUCUGUCUGAGAGAAAUAUUAUUCAAGUGACAUGUGGAAAUGAACACUCACUGGCACUCUCCAAAGAUGGUCAAGUCUUUGCCUGGGGAUGUAACACCGAUGGCCAGCUGGGUCUCGGUAAAAAAGAUACCUUUUUUGAAAAUGCUCAGGCUGUGCAAACAUUUUCCGGAAUCCCAGUGGCUCAGAUUGCAGCUGGAGGAGAGCACAGCUUGGUCCUGACUGUCUCAGGGGCAGUAUUUGCCUUUGGAAGAAACAAUCAUGGACAGUUAGGUCUCAAGGUCAAGGAAGAUACUUUUAUUCCCACACAUGUGCAACUCUUAGCAUGCAAGAGGACCAUCUAUGUUUCUUGUGGAGAAGAGCACUCUGCUGUUCUGACAAAGGAUGGAUUUGUUUACACUUUUGGAGCUGGGGCAUUCGGACAACUUGGACACAACUCAAUAAAGGAUGAGAUCAAACCUCGUCUGGUUAGCGGACUCUUUGGAAAAAAAGUCUCUCAGAUUGCAUGUGGGAGCUACCACACACUGGCUUUCGUUCCAUCGUCUGGCACCAUCUAUUCCUUUGGUUGCAGAGAGAUGGGACAGCAGGGAAACAUCCAAACCUAUGAGCACUCUCUGCCUUUUCCCAUCAACCUCCUGGACACACCUGACCAUGGUGAAUCUGAGAACGACUGUUCAAUUAAACGAGGUGCCAGAAGAAUGUUUGCUGGGGCAAGCCAAAGCUUUGCAGUAUGCAAUGAAGAAGAGAAUUUGGAAUCGUCUGGGGACCAAUCUUUGCUCAUUUCUUUGAAGAGAGUUGUAACCCUGGACAAUUUACUGGAGAAGGAACUGUGCAGAAACACAAAAAGGGCAAUCACUCGGGGGUAUUCAUCUUCUCAGAUUAUUAAUGCAAGUUUCCUGGAUGUGAGCAAGGAUAACCAUUUCAAAACAAGCAGAAUGCAUUCUGGUCUGGAUAUGUCCUCAGUGAAUCUGAACUUUGAGAAAAUGGCAAUAAACGACUCAGUAUUAUCCCAGGUGACAGAUACAAUUAUGGAAAAGUUGCUCUUCUCAUUGCCUCAUUCUCCUGCUUGCGUGGAAGCUCUGCGACUUUACCUUGUUCUGCCUGAGCUCAUUGCUGUACUUCAAAGGACAAAGAAAUCUCAGCUGACGGAAUCCCUGACCAGAGCCAUAACUUCCCUUGAUAAAAGCUGCUUUGAAGUUCUAGAAUGUUGGUGGAGGGCAAUGCCUGUCUACUACUACAGGCGUCUUGUGAAGGUUUAUCGUGAAGAAUCAGAGCGACUUCUUUGGUCCACUAUGGCUAAAAUCCCAGAAGAUAUCUCAAAUCUUCAGAACACAUUAAAAAUUUUACAAGUGCUUUCCAAGGUAAAUUCUACCAGAGAUUAUUGCAUUCGAGAGAGGAACUUCAAAGUUCCUGUAAUGAAAAUAUUUGAAGAGUCAUUUAGGGAAUAUUCUAAGAACUGCUUUCCCUAUGCUUUGAAAUCAGAAUUGGAUCAAUUCAUAAAUGAGUUGAUAAAUGGAAGUGUUAUACCUCUAGACCGACGGCACAAACGGGUGAGGGAAUAUUAUGCAGCCCUUCGCAAGGUGAUACAGCAAUUAAUUCCAUAUCCUUGCAUCUUUGAUAUGGAUACAAAACUUUAUUUUUUAAAGCUGGAAUCCAAAAUACUUCUAAGAGAUGCCAUUAGAACUGAAGUGAAUGUUUCAAGAACAGCAGUUCUUCAAGACUUAAUAGACUCGUGCAGAUCUCACAAUGGACUUGCGUACUUUACAGCACUUAAGGUUAGAUUUCAUAAUGAACCAUGCUUUGGACCUGGGGUGACACAGGAAUUCUUCACUCUUUUCAGCGAGGAGCUCCAACACGACGAAAGGAUAUUUAUGAACGAUGAUGAAUCUAAUUUGCUGUGGUUCUCCAAUAGGGAAACUGAAAUGAAGGAUGUAUUUCAUCUGGUGGGAAGUCUGUGUGGAAUUGCUCUGUCGCAUAGUUUUGUUUCCAACUUUCACUUCCCUUUGGCAUUGUACAAAAAAUUGCUCCAUGUGCGACCAACACUGGAGGAUCUAAAGGAGCUCUGGCCAACAGUAGGAGUGUCACUCCAGAAUAUCCUUGACUAUGAGUAUGAUGACUUUAAAGAAGAGCAUGAUAUAUAUUUUUCAGUAGUCAAAGAAACAGAGGACGGAAGAAAAGUUGAUCAUGAACUUAUUGCUGAUGGUGCCAACAUACCAGUUGAAAAGCAUAACAGGAAACAAUUUGUUGAUGCCUUUGUGGAUUACAAGUUUAACACUGCAGUGGAAAAACAAUUCAGAGCCUUUUCUGACGGUUUCCGGACAGGUUUUCCACUACCCAUUGUGGAUCUAUUCCUCCCAGAAGAACUAAUGGCCAUUAUCCAUGGCAACACCAAUUAUGAUUGGAAACUUCUGGAACAGAAUACCUCAUACCGAGGUUAUCAAUCAACUGACAGAAUAAUUAGAUAUUUUUGGGAAAUUUUUGAAAGCCUACUGGAAGAGGAGAAAAAGCAAUUCAUUGCUUUUCUAAGUGGAAGUGAGAGGCUCCCAGCAGGUGGGAUUGGAAGAACUAGGAUCGUUAUAUUCAACCCCAUUAUAUUCAACCCCUGGACCAAUGAACCAGAUUUAUCAUAUCCUCGUGCUUACACCUGCACCAAGAGCCUGGAACUCCCCAAUUACAGCACAAAAGAACUACUGAAAGAGAAGUUACUUCACGCAAUUGAACAGAGUGAAUUCUGUGCAGAACCACCCUAAUAUAUUCAGUUGACCCAAAAUUAUGCAGUUAAUUUAAGAUGUCUUGAUUUGAUCAAAUAUCCAUGGUGUUACUGCAUUUCUUUUAAACCUCUGCUAUCGAUCCAAUAAUGUGCCCUGACUCUAUUCAGUAAU